CACCAUUCUCUAUAAAUAUUUUAGUCUUGAGGGUUCUUUAAAGGAGUGUGUACGUACGUAUAACUGUACUGACUGUCUCCCGAACUUAGACAGACGGGAAGAGAAUUUGAAUUAACAAAGGAAGUUAGCGUUAUUCGCACGAAUAAUGGUUGAAAGAAGAAAAUCAUUUAGAAGGCGCGGCAGCAAAGCAGAGUAUUCGGAUGUUCAGGAGGUCGACGAAUAUGAAAAAACUUACGAAAAGGAAGAAGAAGAAGAAGAAGAAGAAGAAGAAGAAGAAGAAGAAGAAGGAGAUGACGUGACACUGCUGAUUCUUGCAGUAAUGUUAACGUACUCGAUGUUUAUCGUGCCUCUGAUAUUUUACUAUAUACCUACGGGUCAGAAAGGGGUAUUCUUCUACUACCUUACCAAUAAAACAUCCCUAGACUGGAACGAGUUCAAACCAUCCAUCGAAGACCUCAGCGGUAUCCCGUUGACAUCUGAGACGAGACUCACUUUCAUCGUGCAUGGAUUUAGCGAGUCUUCUCAUAGGCCUUGGAUUCACAGGCUGGCGCAAGCCACUCUGUCGAGGAAGGACAGUCACAACAUAGUCAUGGUGAUAGAUUACUGGGACCUUCACAGAGCAGAGUACUUCUGGAUGCGAUCAAACACACACUUCGUGGCCAGACAAAUUGCCAGAAUCCUCGACAAUUUGGUUCUACAUAACAAUCUCAAAUUAUCGAGCACACAUCUAAUAGGUUUCAGUCUCGGUGGUCAAAUAUGCGGCAUAGUCGGUGCUAACCUGAAAACUGGCACUCUAGGAAGGAUCACAGGACUUGACCCAACAUUCCCAUACCUGAACUGGAAACAUGACGACGAAUCACUGGACGCCAACGACGCCGACCUGGUGGUCAUUCUCAGAACUUCCGUGGUGUCUUAUUAUUGUCAGGAAGGUGACGUCGAUUUUUAUGUCAACGGAGGGAUUGUGCAGCCCGGAUGUGAUCUGUGGUGGUACCCACACUUUGUACAACAAGCCUGCAGUCACUUCAGACCGGUCAUGAUGGUCCUGGAAGCUGAACAGCUGGCUGGAAUGGAACCCUUUCCAGCCUGUCUUUGCCCCGACUACCAGUCAUUCCAGAAUGGGUCUUGCAGCUGUAAUGUCACGAAUCACUUCGACAUGAGUCUGCUGUCCAGUGUUAAAGGAAAAUUCUACCUCUCGACGAAUGAGAAUCCACCUUACACAAUUAAACUAUACCAAGAAGAUUAACAAAAGGUUUAGUUUAAGAAGCAAAUUUGUGUUAAUUCGUCUUAGUCAGUGAGAGCAUUAUUCGAAUGACAAUUUACAGCGUUAACAAGAGAAAACCCUACGACAGCAGCAGCAGAUUUAUCUAUCUAAGCUGUAGUAUGAACAAUAGGAGCAGGUUUAGUAGAAACUAUAGCAGAAACAACAGUAGAAGCUGCAGUAGAAGGACAGAUAAUUAGUUAAAAUAUGCAACAACAUUCUAGCAACAGCAGAGUUCUAGCAGAAACAACAGCAGAGCUUUGGCUGCAAAGAACUUCAACGACUUUAGUAGAAACAGCAGCAUCAUGAACAUCAGCA